GAAAGAAAUGUAUCGGGCGGCCCGGCGGCCUCGCAGCUAAGCGGGCGUGGCAAGCGUUGACCUGCAAAAUGGGUGUCUCUCCGAUUCUCAAGGGCGAGCAGGUUGUCGUCGUGGUUCUGGAGGAUGGGCGAGUUACAUACUUUGGAACACAAGGGUCUCAGGAAACAGGGAGCCUUUGUUUCUCUAUUCAUCAGUCGCAGUUGUCGGCGAAGUGCUGCGAGCUGGAGUCGGCCCAUUUGCAUGCUCAUGUUCAUCGCAGUGAAGAAAUAGAGAAACUCCUACUUGAGCCAGUUAAGUAUUGCCUGAUAAUUUGAAGGUUCCUUUAAGUUUGACAAGUGAUCGGCUUGUCAGUGUUCUGUGCCGGAUUUUUCCAGCAAGAUGGUGGAGGAGAAAACUAACUCAUAAACAUGGGGCCGAACGUGGUCAUCAACGAAUAGCACACGGUGACCAUUUCGAUUGGCUCGUUCCGCUGACUGAAGAUUCCUUCACCUUAAGUCAUGUGCAAGACUCCAAAGAAUUUGAGCACGGCCAACUUCUGAAAGUCGGGGAGUCGCUUGCGAGAUUGAACAGCCAGCCGAAUCAUAUGGUGGAAGUGUUCAAGUACGAGGCAUCCCAAACUUCUUCACGUAUCGAUGACAGUGCUGAGGAGGUGAGGAUGGAUGUCAACGAUAAGCAGCCGAUCGCUAGAACAAGAUUGAACGUUCUUGGGAUCUGCUGCGCUGGGGAGAUUCCUGCUAUCAAAAUGAUUUUGGAACCGCUUUCUGGUGUUGAAGACGUUUCAGUAAACUACACAACUCGCACCGUUACUGUACUUCACAACCCGUUAUUGACACCCGCUUCACAGCUCGCUAAAGCUCUUAAUGAGGCUAGGAUGGAAGCCAGUGUCCUGCACGAAGGACCACACAAGAGUAACCCUGAGUACAAGAGGAGUCUAUGGUUACUUGUUUCUGGUGUUCUGCUGGUUCUAUCCUUUCUUUAUCUGUUUUAUCUCCCAUUUCAAUGGUUUGCCAUUGGGACAAUUCUAUUAGGAGCUCCUGGGAUUGCUCUGAAGGCCGUAAUGUCAUUGAAGCGCCUGAGACUCGACGUCAAUGUGUUAAUGCUAAUUGCCAUUAUCGGUGCAAUGGGACUACAAAAUUAUAUAGAGGCCGGCUCUAUUGUAUUUCUCUUUUCUUUCGCAGAUUGGCUUCAAUUACGUGCCGUGAAGAAGGCUAAUGAGGCCUUGGCUUUUGCUGCGGAUCUUGUUCCUCAGAAUGCCACACUUGCCGAUAGUGGUCUGCCAGUUCCAUUGAAGGAAAUCCAGUUGGGAACGCUGAUAUCUGUGAAAGCCGGAGAGAUGGUUCCAAUCGACGGAGUCUUGAUUUCAGGGGAGAGCUCUGUAAAUGAGAGUAGUCUAACAGGAGAAUCGAGACCUGUCGCCAAGCAUGUAGGGGAUAAUGUUUGGGCUGGCACAGUGAACUUAUCUGGAUAUUUGGUUAUAGAGACCAUUUCAACAGCGGAAGACUCUGCGCUUUCAAGGAUGAUCAAGCUUGUUGAAGAAGCGCAAAGCAAACGUACACAUACUGAGCUAGUUGUGGAAACAUUCGCAAAGUACUACACUCCUGCCGUUUUUCUCGUCGCAACAGCUACAACACUGAUCCCACUUCUUCUGUAUACAAGCUAUGAGAGGCACUGGCUCUAUUUAUCCCUUAUCAUAGUGGUGGUGGCUUGCCCUUGCGCUCUCGUGAUAUCCACUCCUGUCACCGCAACGUGUGCAAUUGCUGGGGCUGCAAAGCUCGGGCUUAUAAUCAAAGGAGGUGACUGUCUCGAGCUUCUAGCAAGUAUGAAGGUGGUAGCCAUUGACAAGACGGGUACACUCACGGAAGGCCAUUUCAGAGUGCUGGAUUUUCAUGUCGUUAAUUGCACUGAGACCGCCAAGUCGGAGCUCCUACAACGGAUUGCUGGCGUAGAGAGCCAUUCCAUUCAUCCAGUAGCUACUGCCUUUGUUGGAUACGUUCGGCUACUCGGAAUCAAACCUUCGGAAAAUGUUGCAGACUUUAGGAUUUUGGAAGGUGAAGGAGUGUCAGCUGUUGUUGAUGGCCACCUGAUUGAGAUUGGAAACACUAGGCUGGCGUUUCGGCGGAACUGGCGCACUUCGAUGUUUUCACAGCAUCUGGAAGAAUAUGAAAAGCAAGGCGCUACAAUUUGCUGGGUUGGCGUCAAUGGCGAAUUGGUGGGGCAUUUCAGCGCUGCAGACAAAGCCCGAUCGGAAGCACGUGAAGCCAUUGAAAACAUAAAGAACUCAGGUGUUAAGGUCCUAAUGCUGACUGGGGAUAACCAGAGUGCGGCUGCUUGCGUGAGCCAUCAGUUGGGUGGCAUUGAAUUUCAUGCCGAGCUACUUCCGCGAGACAAAGUCACGAUCAUUGAACAGCUAAAAGCUUCAGUCGGCACGACAGCAAUGGUUGGAGAUGGCGUGAACGAUGCACCUGCAUUAGCUGCUGCACAUAUCGGCAUCGCAAUGGGAGUUGCCGGCUCCGCCAUGGCAAUGGAAAUAGCGGACAUUGCGUUGAUGAUGAACGAUCUUCGGAGGUUAGCAGUAUUAAGAACAGUCGGGAAAAGCUACAGGAAUGUGGUCAUGCAGAACAUAUUCUUCUCCCUCUUCACAAAGCUGGUUGUAGUGGGGCUAGCGGUUGCAGGAUAUACACCACUAUGGGCUGCGGUAUUGGCAGAUGUCGGAACCUGCGUUUUAGUCACCUUCAACGGUAUGCAGCUGCUUUUCAAACAUCAGAGCUCAAGAAUGUCUAAGCCAGAGGAGGCUAGUGACGGUAGCCGGAAUGGUUUGAAGGACAGCGAUGCAAAGCAGGAUGCAAAACCAUCUGUCAAAUGCAAAACAGGCUGUUGUGCGGCUUCACAAGCUGGCGGUAGCGAAGAUGUUCCCACAAAGCAGGAUGCACGCUCUGAGUGCAAGACGGGUUGCUGUAGGCUCAUAAAGCCGAAGCUGGUUGCUGAUAGUACCGUCGACGAUAGUAGCCCGGUGGUUAAGACGAAAUGUCAGCGCUCUUGUUGCUUUAGGAACAGUGACAAGCAGGGCUUGCAAGUACCACUCCUCGCUGACCACGUAUGAUGCUCAAGGUGCCGAACUGCACCACGGUCUGCCCAUUUGCUCGUUAUGCGACUAUCCUUGACAACUAGCUCAUACUCUUCAACACUCUCUAAGAGCAACAACAUAAGAGCUUUUGGAGAGCUAUCCUGCUCAUUAUCAUCUCAUGAACUAUCCUGCUGACAAUGAGUAAGGGAGCUUUCUCUUA